AUGGAUAAACCCUUAAGUCGAACUAGUUCAAUGGAAAUGAAAAUAUUGACUGAACUGUACGAAAAAUUUCAUCCUCAAGAAUUAUAUUUUUUACUUGAAUUAAAUGGAAAAUGGUCUAAAUAUGAUCCAAAUCGAAUUCAAAACAUGACCACUAUCUUAAGACAAACUUUUUCAUCUCAACAUAUGGAAUCAGAUAUAGAACAAAUUAUAACGUAUUUUAAUUCAGAAAAUUGUAUUCGUCUGUUUCCUCCAGUAACUGUCAACAUGGUUCUUACACAAAGAGAUCAAACAGUUCAUUUAAAUCCAUAUCAAUCAACAUGUCCAAUAUGUUCAUCUAUACUUUUAGCCGAAAUGGCAGAUGUAUUAUCUGUUGAUAUUUAUACUUUAAAGGGUAAAGUGUUUUUUGUGUCAUGUAGACAUAGCAACACCACAUUCAACAUGCAUCCUAUUGUUUAUGUAUUUCCAAAUUAUUUUCGACAAGAUAAAAUAAAUGUUUUUACAACAAAGAGUUUACAAAAUGGUGAUAUGAUAUAUUUAGGUGGUAAACAAGUUUUUGAAAGAUCAUUAAUAGAAAAUUACACAUGUCAAUUAUUAGGCAGAGCUAGCUCAUGGCAAAAAUUUGUUGAUGGACUUAAUCUAGAUGCAUUUAAUUCAAAUUUGAUCGAUACGAAAAGUGAAUGGAGAAAGAAAUUGGCAGUAGCAUUUAUCAAAUAUAAAAUAGUUGAAUAUGAUUUAUCGAUAGGUUCACCAGUUGUUUCAAUACCAUGCUCAGCUGUUGCAUUUGACGAAUGGCUAUGGAAUGGAUUUCCACGUUUCCUUUCAUCAUUUAUUUAUCUUUGGACUAAUCAUAAAACUUUGAUUGGUGCUUGUUCAUCUAGUUGUACUCAAUGUAUAAUUAUAGAUGGACACCAAAAGUGUCGAAGACGUAUUUGUCGUGCAAAACACGUACACCUCUCGACUGAAGAAUUUACUUCUUUAAAAGUCGGUUGUUGUCGAACACCAGUUCUUGGUUCAAAUUUUUGUCAUUUACAUCAAUAUUUAGAGAAUAAGAAUGAUAGUACACCUACAUCACCAAAGCAAAGAUCCAAUAAAAGCCGAAUGAUGAUACAGAAAAAUAUACGAAGAAAAUAUCGACAACGUGGAUUUGGAGCAACCAAUUGUCGAACAAUGAAAGAACGAUCCAAUAGAUAUGUUGAAAGAUGUAGUCGAUCUUUCGGUAUUCUUGCAGUGGUUACUAAUUGCAAAAUAAUUGUUUCUUAUGCAGAAAUAUUUCGUUCAGAAACAUUGCGCGAAAUAAUUAGUCUUAUGUGUUCAACAAUCCGAGUGCUCGAUGGGAUAAAUACCCAAGCAGCGGAACAGCUAUUUUCUUGGGUUAAGGGAUACGCGAACAUUUUAAGUUCUCUUGGUUGGCGUAAAAUGCCUAUUUAUCUCUUAUUACUAUUCCACUAUAAAAAUCUCGAACGAGUUCAUAUUCGUCCAACACAUAUAUUUAACAUUGCUUCGUCAGUACCUAAUGUUCCAACAAUCAAUUUGGCAUACUUGGCAGAAAAACAACAACGUCUUCAUUAUGAAGAAACAAUCAAGAAUCAAACUAUUACGCCAAUAACACAUCGUGAUACAGCUCCUAAACAAAUAAUAACAAUCUCGAAUCAUCAACUUCAAACAAAUACCACAUGUCGAACAUCAACUGAUCUCAACGCUUCUUAUAUGAAUACUGUUGAACAGCUCGUUUUGCAUAUGGAACAAUUGGCACAAAUGGAACAAGAUAAAAAAAAACGAAAAUACAAUCGACAGCAAAGAAAAAAUCAAGCACGUCGAAAACAACGUCAACCAACAUCAAACACAACACAUUAG